CAACUCUCUGACAAGCCCUCGCGUAUUUAUUGGAAGCAGCUCAGAGCGGAAAAACUGAGUAACCCUUGGUAGUCGGAACCGGCCUCCUUUGAUUUGAACUACAAUGUCACAAAGAUUCAGAGCGACGAAUUCACUUCGGGAUCGUUCUUCUCUUCUUGGUGUGACCCCUCCAGCGUCGGGGCGGUCCUCGCCACAUGACAGCUACGGCUCCGAGCCCGCGGGGCAGCGAUACGUGGACGACCUGGAGGGGCAGAAUGACGAGCAGAUCGAAGGGCUCGCGGCUAAAGUCAAGCUGCUCAAAGGCUUGACUGUUGAGAUUGGACGGGAAGUGAAGGAUUCGACAAUACAACUCUCACAAAUGAACGACGCUUUCACGGAGACAGGCGGUAUACUCGCUGGCACGUUCAGACGGAUGAACAACAUGUCCCAGCGCCAGGGCUGUCGAUGGCUUUGGUAUAUCCUAUUCCUCAUCUUCGUCUUCUGGUUCUUCAUUGUCGUCUGGUGGUUUCGGCGGUGAUCAAUACAACACCAAGUUUCGUCGUUUAUCAC